AUGGAGUAUGCGUUCCCUCGAACCCAAAAUUCCGUAGAAGCUUGGUAUCGAAGGUGGGAUACAUUGGUGGGCUCCGCUCAUAUAGGUGUUUUCAAAAUCAUAAAAAAACUACAGAAAGAGCAAAACCAAGUCGAACUUGAAAUAGAAGUAAAUGUGCGAGGUGCUCCACAACAUUCUCAGAGAAAGCCAUCUUCACCUCCACCUUGGGUGGUUGCUGCCUCAGUCACUGUCGAGCCCAUAUAUGGAACGCAGAAUGAAGUUAGCGAGCAUCUAUAA